CGUGCUGACUCUGAAGGGACCCAAGAUGGCCGAAAACUCAAKGGGGGCACUUAGCAAUUAUCAGAGCUACACGUCUGGAAUGAAUGACGAAUAGCAGUGUGAUGUAAAGCGCAGCCUUGAAGUAAAUAUUAUAUUCCAGUUUGUCGGUUUGCACGGCUCUUCGUGUGCCCGAAUAAUGAGUCGGGAGAGGACAGGUCUCCCCGCGGCCCCGAGCCAGAACAUGGCGGAACACUUGGGGAAGAAAUACAAGCUAACUAGCGUGAACUGGCGUAAUAAUUGAAAACGACAAUAGGAACGCGCUGCUUGGAUUUGAAACGGUGUUUUCUGGUCGCAACUAUGAAAUAGUGUCAUCGGUGCCGAGCUGUGGUGAGUUUCUUUCUAAAGGUGGUGGUUUUCGGUUUUAAAGCUAGCAUGUCUGGCUAGCGUUACCUGCAAGCACAAACUGUACCAACAAGAGGGCAUUGUGUUUUCUAAUCAAGCGGUCGUAACUUACUUCAGCUACGUGUUAGGACUAAGUAAUGCCUUUCAGCUGUUUAUAUUUGUCAAUUUUAAGUGUUGUUAUCUUGCUUCACUGAGCGGAUUUAGUGUUUUUUCGUGGCGCUCUUGCCUUUAUUUUAUUUUUAUUUUAUCCGCGGGAACAGCUCGUUUAAACUACGCAAAUAAAUCAGCAACUAAGUGCAAAAUCUACCGAGGGAACCUCACUGGACGCGGCUCUACUUUGAAGUUGCUUCCCCGGUCCCCCUCAAAAAGUUGCCACCGACGCGGUAAACAGGUGCCGAAAGUAAACUGAAGUUGUGGCCAAAGACCCAAGUCAGGUAGAUCACCUGCCAGGAUGACGGACACCCGCCGACGAGUCAAAGUCUACACCCUGAACGAGGACAGGCAGUGGGACGAUCGUGGGACCGGUCACGUCUCCUCGGGCUACGUGGAGCGUUUGAGAGGGACUUCUCUCCUGGUGCGAGCAGAAAGUGAUGGUUCGUUACUGUUGGAGUCCAAAAUCAACCCAAACACAGCCUACCAGAAACAACAGGAUACCUUGAUAGUAUGGUCAGAGGCUGAAAAUUAUGAUCUGGCGCUCAGCUUCCAAGAGAAGGCGGGAUGUGAUGAAAUCUGGGAGAAAAUAUGCCAGGUGCAGGGAAAAGACCCGUCAGUGGACAUAACGCAGGAUGUGGUGGAUGAGUCUGAGGAGGAGCGGUUUGAUGAGAUGUCAUCGCCCGGUCUGGAGUUGCCACCGUGCGAAUUAAACCGGUUGGAGGACCUCGCCGAGCUGGUGGCGUCCUCGCUGCCGUCCCCGCUGCGACGCGAGAAACUGGCUCUGGCGGUGGAGAACGAAGGCUACAUCCGCAAGCUCCUGGAACUGUUUCGCGUGUGCGAGGAUCUGGAGAACAGGGAGGGACUGCACCAUUUGUACGAAAUCAUCAAAGGCAUCUUCCUGCUGAAUCGCACCGCGCUGUUUGAGGUGAUGUUUUCGGACGAGUGCAUUAUGGACGUCAUCGGCUGUCUGGAGUUCGAUCCGGCGCUACCGCAGCCACGGCGGCAUCGAGAGUUCCUCACGAAGACUGCUCGAUUUAAGGAGGUGAUUCCCAUUUCUGACCCCGAACUGCGUCAGAAAAUACACCAGACGUACCGGGUGCAGUAUAUUCAGGAUAUGGUGCUGCCCACGCCCUCUGUUUUUGAGGAAAACAUGCUGUCCACCCUGCACUCCUUCAUCUUCUUCAACAAGGUGGAGAUCGUGGGCAUGCUACAGGACGAUGAGAAGUUCCUGACAGACCUUUUUGCACAGCUAACAGACGAGGCUACAGACGACGACAAAAGACAAGAACUGGUAAACUUUCUAAAGGAGUUUUGUGCAUUCUCACAAACGUUACAACCUCAAAACAGAGACGCCUUCUUCAAAACGUUGUCAAACAUGGGCAUUCUUCCUGCACUGGAGGUCAUACUGGGAAUGGAUGAUGUCCAGGUGCGUGGGGCAGCCACAGAUAUAUUCUCUUAUCUAGUGGAGUACAACCCCUCCAUGGUACGAGAGUUUGUCAUGCAGGAAUCUCAGCAAAACGAUGACGAUAUUCUCCUCAUCAACCUGAUCAUAGAACACAUGAUCUGUGAUACAGACCCAGAGCUUGGUGGAGCAGUGCAGCUAAUGGGCUUGCUACGGACUCUGUUGGAUCCUGAGAACAUGUUGGCUACUGCAAAUAAAACAGAAAAGACAGAGUUCUUAAGCUUUUUCUACAAGCACUGUAUGCAUGUCCUGUCAGCUCCACUAUUAGCCAACACCACAGAAGAAAAGCCCAGCAAAGACGAUUUUCAAACAGCCCAGUUGCUCGCCCUGAUUUUGGAGCUGCUAACGUUUUGUGUUGAGCAUCACACGUAUCACAUCAAGAACUACAUCAUCAACAAAGAUAUUCUCAGGAGGGUACUGGUUCUCACUGCCUCUCAACACGCCUUCCUGGCACUAUGUGCCCUGCGCUUCAUGAGAAGGAUUAUUGGUUUGAAAGAUGAAUUCUACAAUCGCUACAUAAUGAGAAACUUCCUCUUUGAGCCAGUCGUCAAGGCCUUUCGAGAUAAUGGCUCACGCUACAAUCUCAUGAACUCGGCCAUCAUUGAGAUGUUUGAAUAUAUCCGUGUGGAGGACAUUAAGUCCCUCACAGCUCACAUAGUGGAGAACUACUGGAAGUCUCUGGAGGAUGUGGAUUAUGUCCAGACGUUCAAAGGCCUAAAGCUGAGAUAUGAGCAGCAGCGAGAGCGGCAAGACAACCCUAAGCUAGAUAGCAUGCGCUCCAUCCUGCGGAAUCACCGCUUCCGUCGCGACGCACGGACAUUAGACGACGAAGAGGAAAUGUGGUUUAACACAGACGAAGAUGACCUGGAGGACGGUGAAACAGUUGUUCUGCCUUCUGACAAGAUGAAGAGUGAAGAAGACCUCAUGGAGCCAAUUAGCAAGUUCAUGGAGAGAAAGAAAUUAAAAGACCCAGAGGACAAAGAAGUGUUGGGGAAGUCCAGUUUAGGCAGGCAGAAUCCUAGCUUCAAGCUUUCCUUCUCCGGAUCCACUAAAACCAGUCUCUCCAGCCCUCCUCCCAGUGCCUCACUGAACCCUGGUUCUCCAGGAUCACCGGGGUCUCCAGGCUCGGGGGCAAGAAACUCUCCUCCCACCACAACAGUAACCACAAAGGGAGGUUUAGUGGGACUGGUGGACUAUCCUGACGAUGAUGAAGAGGAGGAGGAAGAAGAGGA